CUGGACACGCAGAGCCACCAUGCCGAACUGGGGAGGCGGCAACAAAUGCGGUGCCUGUGGCCGCACUGUCUACCAUGCCGAGGAGGUGCAGUGCGACGGGAGGAGCUUCCACCGGUGCUGCUUCCUCUGCAUGGUCUGCCGGAAAAACUUGGACAGCACAACUGUAGCGAUUCAUGAUGCUGAAGUUUACUGCAAAUCUUGCUAUGGGAAAAAGUAUGGCCCGAAAGGUUACGGAUAUGGCCAAGGGGCAGGCACGCUGAACAUGGACAGGGGAGAGAGACUAGGCAUCAAGCCUGAGAGCACGCCCUCUCCCCACCGACCCACAACAAAUCCAAACACUUCAAAGUUCGCUCAGAAGUUCGGAGGGGCAGAGAAAUGCUCCAGGUGUGGCGAUUCUGUUUAUGCGGCAGAGAAAGUAAUAGGAGCUGGAAAGCCGUGGCACAAAAACUGCUUCCGAUGUGCCAAGUGUGGAAAAAGCCUAGAAUCUACAACCCUAACUGAAAAAGAGGGAGAAAUCUAUUGUAAAGGUUGUUACGCGAAGAACUUUGGCCCCAAGGGAUUUGGGUAUGGCCAGGGAGCUGGUGCCCUCGUUCACGCCCAGUGAGGAGGCAGGGCUCAAAUCCCUUAGGGCUCUGCUGAGAUCCUGCUACAAGAAACAAGAGAGUUUCCUAAAUGUUACUAACUAACUACUGUGAAACAGAUACUAGUUACUGUAGUGCUUGGGCAUACGUUCAGCAGAUGAUUUUUUUUUUUUUAAAAAAAAGCACUGCUUUUUUUCCUUGCUUUGUGUAUCACACUGUAACACUUUUAAUACUGAAUAUCAAUUCAAUAAAGCUUUGCUUGUUGAUAUAUCCUAAA